GCACAUUUUACCUGCUGCAAGAGAGCAGCUCCGAAACUGUUCCGAGCGUCGGGUUGUAUACAGUAAAAUCUGCCCCUUUAGAAUUACUUUUUUAUUUUUUUUGAGGGUCUCUAGAGAGACUUCUCAUGAACAAAAAGAACAGGAAGGGACAUUUGCUGUGAUCACGCACAUGUUAUUUACUCUGUUGAUCGGGGGAACUUUCCGAAACUUGUUUCAUCCCCCAAACACUUCUGGAUUUACGCCGCACGUCUAUUACGGUCGACUUUGCCAGUGACUUUGACCGCUUGGGUCUGUCAAGUUAACGUAGCGGGGGAUCUGCGUUACGGAGAGACCGCUCUAUUUGAAGGGAUUCACGCAUGUCUGGAUAUUAACUUCCCUUGUUAAUUUGAGAACUGUCUCCGAGGAAGACCGUGGAUGUUAUUGUGUUCGUGUUUUUGAACAUUUUGUACCAACUAAUACUGCAGAAGCGUCAACAUGUUGAGUAACACUGGAGUCUAUGCUGUCAAGAAGCGGAAGAAGCCCGUUCAAAAAACCAAGAAAACUCCUGCUCCAGAUGUGGUCAAGUCGAACCCAUCCAAACGCCACCGGGAUCGGCUGAACGGGGAGCUGGACAGUUUGACAGGCCUCCUACCAUUCCCUGAGGAUGUGCGUUCUCGCCUGGACAAACUCUCUGUGCUCCGCAUCAGUGUCGGCUACCUGAAGGUGAAGAGCUUCUUCAAAGCAACCAUGAAGAAAAGCAGUGUCCUGUUUCCUGGGGGCGAUGGCCUGAACAUGAAUGGGAUGAACGCCCCAACCUUCUCUGAGGGGGACCUACUUCUCCAGGCUCUGAAUGGCUUUGUGCUGGCGGUCACAGCUGAGGGACAUGUGUUCUAUGCCUCUCCUACUAUCCACGACUACCUGGGCUUCCAUCAGUCAGACGUGGUCCACCAGAGUGUGUUUGAGCUGAUCCACACAGACGACAGAGCCACGUUCAGACGACAGCUACACUUUGCCCUCGACCCCAAGCCCUUUGACCCAGAGCAGGGAGGAGACGGCAUGGCGAGCAGCAGUGACAUCACCAGGAACAUCGUGACCUAUAACCCUGAGCAGCUCCCACCAGAGAACUCCUCCUUCCUGGAGAGGAACUUCGUGUGUCGCUUCCGCUGCCUCCUGGACAACUCCUCUGGCUUCCUGGCUCUGAACUUCCAGGGGCGUCUGAAGUUCCUCCAUGGCCAGAGCAUGCUGGGGGAUGACGGGACGCGCAGCCAGCCCAGGUUGGGCCUGUUCACCAUCGCCACCCCUGUCCACACCCCGUCCAUCCUGGAGAUCAGAACCAAGACAAUCUUCUUCCAGACCAAACACAAGCUGGACUUCACCCCCACGGGUGUCGAUGCCAGGGGGAAGGUUGUCCUGGGAUACUCAGAGAUUGAGUUGUGUAUGAGAGGCUCUGGGUAUCAGUUCAUCCACGCAGCUGAUAUGAUGUACUGUGCAGAUAGCCAUGUCAGAAUGAUUAAGACAGGAGAGAGUGGUCUGACCACGUUCAGACUGCUGCAAAAGACUGGGUGCUGGGUCUGGGUCCAGGCCAAUGCCAGGCUUGUCUACAAAGGAGGAAGGCCCGACUUCAUCAUCGCUCGCCAGAGAGCUUUACUUAAUUCUGAGGGAGAGGAGAAUCUACGCCAGAGGAAGAUGCAGCUGCCCUUCAGCUUCACCACUGGGGAGGCCCUGCUGUAUGAGACUGGCCCCACUCUGGAUGCCACUGAGUUCCAAACUAACCCCCCAAAAAUCUGCAAGGUGGAGUCUCUGGACCCCCAGUCUCUACUGGGCUCUUUACUAAAGCAGGACGAGUCCGUCUACACCCGGCCCCAGGAGCCUCAGCUACCCAUAGACCAGGUAUUCAUGGACAGCCGAGCGCUCACCAACGUGGCCUGUAACUCCUGGCAGAGUAGCAUGGAGCCCCAGGGGCCCGACGGGGAUGAUGAUGGUGAUAGCCCCAGGGAGGUCAAGCAGGAGGGGGCGUUGGUAGCCAUGCUCGAUGCCCUGGAGAAGAUGGCGCAGGAUGGGGACCUGUGUGCGGCGCUGCAGGGGAUGGACGUGGGUACGGCAGAGCUGAUGGAGUGGGAGAGCACCCUUUUCAGGCUGAGCCAGGACUCCAACGGGACCGGGAGCGGGGACAACUCCCUAGAGCUGGAUGACAUCAUGACCAACGACAUCUUCUCUUACGUGGAGGAAGCCUUGUUCAAGGAGAGCAGUGAGGGGAGCGGAGGGGAGCUCAACUGCUCCACCAUGGUCAACAACAACCCUAACCUGUUCACAGGGGUGCUCGACAACAAAAACCAGGGUGGACCAUUCACAGGAGUGGUCAGCCCUACAGGUGCCGGACAGUGCAAGCCCGGGUUGCUUGACAAAUUCAGCUUUGUCCAAAAUGGCUACCCAGUGAAUGAUCUAAAUGGUAUCAGCCACAGUCAGGUAACAGGCAACAGAGCAGUUGGUUUGGCAGGACAGAACCAGGCAGGACAGAUCCAGGCAGGACAGAUCCAGGCAGGACAGAUCCAGGCAGGACAGAACCAGGCAGGACAGAUCCAGGCAGGACAGAUCCAGGCAGGACAGAUCCAGGCAGGACAGAACCAGGCAGGACAGAUCCAGGCAGGACAGAUCCAGGCAGGACAGAACCAGGCAGGACAGAACCAGGCAGGACAGAUCCAGGCAGGACCACAGCAGGUGUUCAAGAGCACCCAGAGGCUCUCCCACUUCGACCCCCAGAUCCCCCAGAUUCCUCAGACGGGCCUGAACAUCCCCAUCCUGCAGCAGCUACAGCUCAACGACAUCUUCACCCCCUCUCUGGAGCUCCCCGAGCUCAGUAACCCACAUAGCUCAGGCCAGAAUGAGUCUGUCACGUUUAGCACUUGCAUGGCUGGAUCCUGUGCUCAGGCACCAAACAACCACAUGGGAAGCCCUCAGAUCAUCGCUGGCCAGGUCCAAUCUAACCAGCCCCUUCCACAGCGUUUCCCUCAUAAUGGCUUGCCAGCUGCAAUGGCACCAAACGGACCAGAGGAGAUCUCUGUUCCACAGUCCAACCAUCUACCACCUAUUCUGGUGGAUGCUUGGGCAUCUUUGAAUCCCAGUAAUGACUUUGUUUCACCCCAGAUUGUCUGCAGUGCACCAUUUCAGUCACUAAAAACCCAGAAAGUGCAGCAGUGGCCCCAGAACCAGCAGCAUCAGCUACCACCCCCUGCCAGCACAAUGAAGAAUGGACACCAAUUCAUCCCAGACUGUCACAGUCAAGCCACAGAGACCCAAAGAGUCCCUCUCACAGGCCUUUGGCCACAGAACUCCAACGGACCGUACCACCAACCCCAGCAGGGGCGAUUGGCCAAUGGCCAGCCUGCUCCAUCCGGCAGCUGCAUGUUUGAGAACGUCUCACCCCCCCUCCCCAACAGGAACAGUCACGUGGAUUGCACCAGGCUGCCCCCACCCUUGUCUGUAUGCCAGAAUAGGAUGGUGGACCCCCAGGACCAGAGCUACUUCCAGUGGGGCCCCAGUGAGCCGGUGGUGGACACGUCAGCCAUUGUCCAGGACAACGCCGAAAUCAGCUUCCCGUCUCGCCCGCUGGUGGCCAACAACACCACCCCCGAGAGCCUGCUGGCCAUGCAGCAGUACCUUUCUGGAUGCAACAGAGUCGGACAGACACAGAUCCCAAGCCUCUGUGUAGUAGACAGCAAUGGAACAUUCUCCUCACCCCUACUUGUCAAUGGAACAUUCUCCUCAGCCCCCCUUGUCAAUGGAACAUUCUCCUCAGCCCCCCUUGUCAAUGGAACAUUCUCCUCAGCCCCCCUUGUCAAUGGAACAUUCUCCUCAGCCCCCCUUGUCAAUGGAACAUUCUCCUCAGCUCCCCUUGUCAAUGGAACCAUGUGUUUUACAGACCACAAUCAAACCAACUAUUGCGACUUCUAAACAUGAGUCACAUGUUACGCUGUAAACAUUAUGGACAAAAAGAGGAGGAAGCCAUCCAUGGAUCUAUCCAUCCAUCCGUACACAUUCAAAGACAACACGCUGCCUUAAGAGCUGGGGGAGGGUGUCGUGAAGACAAGCCAUCUCCUAGUUAAUCACACCAUUCAUCUCCCCAUAUCAGUGUUUGCAGGAAAUACAAGGACUCUUUUGAUGAAGCGCUUGUCACCUCUGUCAACAACGGAACAAAAAGCAGCAACUUUACAUGGAAUUGGUUUUCCUUUUUCUUUGUGUUGUCUUCUGUUUUGUUUGUUGUUGCCUUGUCUUUGUUUUUAUUACUGUGGAAAAACAGUAUCUGUCACAACUUCAAUGUUAUGAAUGAAGUAUGAAUCCUCACUGGUGAAUUUGGCUUGUGUUAUAAUGGCUUUUCAGGGUCAUGCCCAAUUCCCAAAAUGAUUUAUAUAUAUUAAUGAAGCAGGCCGUAUUCAUUUCUUUUUACGUUUGUUUCUUCUUACAUUAUGGUUGGAUGGUGACAGGACACCAUUCAAGUUUUCACUCGUGGAAAAACAUACAAAAAACUGAUAUUGUACUCAGAGAUUAAAAAUAAAGGCAUAACAUCCUCAAUUUAUGUAUGGAGUGUAGAGUUGCAAAAUUCUGUGAACUUUCGAUAAAUUCCCUAAUUUUCCCAAAAUCCCGGUUGGAGAAUUCCUUGAAUCAGGAGGGAAUAAGCAGGAUAUCCAGAAUCCUCCAACCAGGGAAAACCAGGGAAUUUAUUGAAAGUUCCCGGGAUUUUGCAACCCUAAUGAAGUGUAAAUACAGAAAUGGCCUAUAUAUUAUUAUCAAGAUAUUAUUGUUUUGAUUAUGUGACUGUGUUAUGGCUGUGAUGAAUAUGACAGUGUGUACAUGGGUGUGUUCCUGUUUGUGUUUGCUUGUUCUGAAGAAUGAAUGAAGCAGUGUACAAAUAGACUUUCUGAGGAAAAAGCAACGUAUUUCAUUGAAAUGUCUGCAUUGGUUGCAGAGUAGGCUAUAAAGAACCAAAUGAUGUGCUUUCAGAUUAUACUCCUUGGUAAUGCUUUUGGUAUCCAAAUGUCAUUACAAUUUAACAAUAGUCUGAUAUAGUACGUUGAUAAUGCUAUAUCAAUAGUAUUCAAUCCAUUUUUUGUUGUUUCUUUGUUUUAUCUAAACUUCACUGAGCCAUACGCUAACUUGUGGUCAUUUUGUUACUUGAGUUUUUUGUUCGUAAUAUCAUCUGUGGAGGAAGGUGCAUGUUAAGGAGACUCAGGAGACUUACAGUCGCUAGUGAAAGUCGACACACCACUUGCACAGUCUUCACAUUCUGCUACCUUAAAAUCUAAAAAGGGAUUACAUCAGAUCUUUUUUCCUACCGAUCUAAACAAUCUACUCCACAUUUUCAAAGUGAAAGAAAAAUGUAUAAAAAAGAAAUACAAAACAAAGAUGUUUUGAUUGCGUAUGUCUUUGCAGCCGAGGGUUAACACUUGGUGGAAGCCCCCUUUUUUUGUAAUUUUUCUCUCCCCAAUUUCGUGGUAUCCAAUGUGUCGUUAUAAUCUUGUCUCAUUGCUGCAACUCCCCUACGGACUCGGGAGAAGCAAAGGUUGAGAGCCAUGCGUCCUCCAAAAUACGACCCUGCCAGGCCGCACUGCUUCUUGACACACUGCUCGCUUAACCCGGAAGCCAGCCACUACAACCUGGGAUCGAAACUGAGGCUGUAGUGACGCCUCAGCACUGCAAUGCAGAGCCUUAGACCGCUGCACCACUUGGGAGGUGGAAGCACCUUUGAUAGUCAUUACAGCUGUGAAUUAUUUUGAAUAAGAUUAUACCAACUUUUAGAGAAAUAUAUACUCAUUGUUUAUGUCAAAAUUGCUUAAGCUCAGUAAAUUUGGUUAGGAAUCAUUGAUCGGCAGCCAUAUUCAGACCUUGUCUCUGAUUGUCAAGCAAAUUUAAGUCAGGGCUAAGGAACACUCAAGAACACUCAACACCUAUUGGUAAGCCUUUCUGGUGUCUUUGGCAUUAAAAUUUUAGUAACUGUGCCGCUGAAAAUUAAACUCUAUUCCAGGGUUUUCCUCUAACUUUUUACCUAGACUUUGCUCUUUUCAUGUUUCUUUUGAUCCUGACAAACUCCCCAGUCUCUGCUAGUGACAAGCAUACCCAUAACAUGAUGCUUACACCACAAUACUUGAAAAUACAGACGGUUUGUAUUGGAUUUGACAAAAGCCUGUAGUUUUUUUAUUUAGGCCAAAAAGUGAUUUAUUUGCCGUGUUGUCUUGCAGUAUUACUUAAGAGCCUUGUUGCAACCAGAAUGGAUGAUUUGUCAUGGAUAUUUUAACACAGGCUUCCUUCUUUUCACCUUAUCAUACCUAUACAGGCCAGUAAUGUGGAGUGAAUGUAAUGUUGUUGAUCCUCUGUAUUUUCAAGUAUUGUGGUGUGGUGGCAGCAUCAUGUUAUGGGUAUGCUUGUCAUGGCAGUGGCUGGGGAGUUUGUCAGGAUCAAAAUAAAUAUAAAAGGUGCAAAGCCCAGGUAAAAAGCUAGAGGAAAAACUGCCUCAGUCUUCUGAAUACGUAACCCUGGGAUAGAGUUUUACAUUUAUGCCGGACAAUUACACAAAGUCAAAUGCCAAAGACACACCAGUAUGCCUUUCCAAUAGGUGUUGAGUGGUCCUGAAUGGUCCAGUCUCAGUCCUGACUCAAAUUUGCUUAAAUCAGAAACAAGAUUUGAAUAUUGCUGCGCAUCAAUGAUUCGCGAACAGAUGUACUGUGCUUGAGUGAUUUUGACAAAAACAAUGGAUACGCAGUAUGUUGCCCUAAGAGUGGUAGAAUCUUAUUCAAAAUAUUCACAGCUUUAAUGGCUGGUAAAGAUGCUUCCACCAAUUAUCAAUUCUGUGGUGUGAAGACAUAUGCAAUCAAGACAUCUUUGUUUAUUUGUAAUUAAUUAGGAACAUUUUCUAUCUUUUUUUUUUCAAUUUGAAAACGUUGCGUAGGUUGUGUACAUCAAUAGGAAAAAAUGUGUAAUCCAAUUUUUAGAUAACAUUUUAAUGUGAAGGAGUGUGCAGACUUUCACUAGGCACUGUAAGUCCUAGAAGUCUAGUGUAGUAACCAUGGUUACUAUAGACAUGGGACUGGAAGUAGAACUUCCCACGAGUCCACCAUGUUGAUCAGCAUAUUCGACAAAUGGAACUUCCCAUUUAGUCCCAUGUCAGUUGAUGAUUGACAGAAACAUGGCAGGUCCUCCAUUUGUAAAGGCCCCCUGACACUGAAGUCUCCCGUCAUCACUUUGACUCCUCCCUCAAAGGCAUCUGAGGCUAAAUCAAUAUGGCUGCCCACCUUUUAUUUCCCUUGACCUAUUUCCUCAUUCUGCUCAUAUGAAAAGACAAGACAAGACAGUAUUUAGACAUAAGACAAGACUAAACCCGGCCAACUAGAGGGCCUCUCCUGCCAAACUGCUCUCACUGAUUCAGUUCUCUCAGCUCAAUGAGGCAGAGGAAGUUACACAUAGCAACGGGAGCCGUUAUAUGUAUUGGUUGUAUUCACAUUUAGCUUUGCUUUUGAAUUGUAUUUAGCAACUUUUCCUCAUGCUUUUUGCUUCACCAAGCUGGUUUAUAAUAUAAUGGGUGUUACGUUUUCAAAGCUGGGUGUUACGUUUUCAAAGCGCCUGCCUUGAAAUGUUGAUAAAGUUCCUUGUAUCAAAGUUGAUAUAAAAGAAAGGGAAGGGUAUACAUUAUAUAUCACCCCUAUGGUGGCAAAAUUCCGGGAACUUUCAAUACAUUUCCUGUUUUUCCAGAAAUCCUUGUUGGAGGAUUCCAGAUUUCCUGCUUAUUCCUUCCUGAUUCCGGGAAUCCUCCAACUGGGAUUUCAGGGAGAAACCUGGGAAUUUAUUGAAAGUUCCCAGAAUUUUGCCACCCUAAUCCACCCCCUGCUAUAUAUCUAUUCGUUAAGCUUACUCUUCAAAGGUCUCCGACAUCAGGCAGUUGCAGAGUCCAGCAUCAAUAUAUUAUAAAUAUUUCAGUUUUUGCAUUUGUUUGUCGUAUGUUUGGUUAUUUCAUGUUGUUAUUAUGUCUCGUGGCCUUACAACAUCUGUUAGACAUUUAUUCUACUUGGAAAUAUUUGUCUCCACAUAAAUAUUUAAUUUAGUGUACUUCACUUGUAUUUAGGCAAGUAUAGAGUAUGCAAUGUAUUGAUAUUUACCAGCUUAUGUUGUUACCUUAUAUUCUGAAUUGUCAAAUUAAUUCUCAUAUAAAAAAUAUUUCGAAUAACUUACUAACGUGUUACUUGGUCAUUAUUAAAGUGCAAUACUUCUGUUGGACACUG